AUGCAGUUACAAGUACUUCUGGCGUAUCCAUUAUUUAUCGCCUGGGUUUCCACCCGUGUUACUGCGCCGAAAGUUGUUGAUCUUAUUUGGUUGGGAGUUUUUUUUGUAUAUCUGGCCAUCUUGUUUAUAUUUCCUCUCAAUGACAUAUUGAGUAAUAAACUACCUCCUGUGUCUAGGGUCAUUAUUACUAUGGAGCAGGUAUGUUUAAACCAACCUACUGUUAUUGUAGCUGGUAAAUACGCUGGCUUAGUACGCAUUUGAUUGGUUAAUCGAAUAUAUGAAACGCAUCUGAUUGGUUAUUAGGGAGCUUUAGCAGUGACUACGAGUAUUCUCGCGUGUUGUUUGCUUACGCCAUCAUCUGUGCCAUCAUGCAAAACUCGUAGUCGCCGGGCUUUUGAGUACGAGAUGGCAUAAGCAAACAACACAAAGUUUGGCGCGAAAAUGACGAAUGUCGUAGUCGUACUUGUACUCGUAGUCACUGCUAAAGCUCCUCAACAGUCCAUUAACGGUAGCGGUAGUGGAAGCCAAAUCUCUCUAAUAUAAUAGAAAGAACAACCGUUAUUUGUGUAAUGAUAUGCUAAAUGGGCUAAAUGCAAUCAGGGCGUCUAUAAGAAUGGGCGGUGAAACGCCAGUGAAGCAGCUGAAACAUGUGUGAUGCACUUUAGGCCUGGGGCCCAGCGUGCACAACAAGGAGUUCUCGAAGAAAACAAAAAAUUUUCAACAGGCUUCAUUAAAACGAUUGUAACUUGGCAGUUUUUGACGCGAUGUCCGAGAUACCUUUUUCUUGUGCUACACAGAUCGUUAGCUACCGCUGCAGUGCCGAAAAAAUGUCUCUGUAACGUUAAUCACCGAAAUAUUUCAACUUCAAAACUAUAAACUUGCGUGUCAACUUCGUCGAUUCUUACGUAGACGGCAAAUAUUUGGAUUUUUUUCAACGAGGAAACGGCCAAAUGGUAUCAAACUUUAGAGUUGUGAUGUACAUUAUGUUAAAAUUUAUUAUGCAAGAUUUCAUCGUGUAGUUUUUUUACCCUUUUUUGCAAUCGUUUAUAGAAUUUAACCUAUUCAAUUUUUUUUACAACACAGCUGCUUUCGCAAAAAUACCUAUGUAAAAACCUUGAAAUCAUAUUUUUUGUUCACUUUAUGUGCCUAUCUGAAAGACAAGAUAUAUGUUUUCCGUGAUGUGCAUAUAUUUAGACAUUAUGCGAGUAAUAAUACAAGAAAAUGUUAUCUUACGUGGCAGCAACACUUGACCGCGUCGCUAUGGCGGCUUCGAAAUUUUCAACAUGAAAUUUUUCCAUAAAAAAUUGAGAUGGUUGCUGUGGCCCAAGAAGCUGGAAAAAUUGCACAAUGACUGCCCUAACUGAUAGGAUCCAUUUGACCUGAGUAUGGUAACACAACUUUUUGACCCUUUUUCACAAUUUUCGCUCGAAGUCCACAACCCAAAAACUAAAAUGGUCUUUACAGCAUUUAAAAGUGCUCAGGGGAAUGGGACGAGUGAACAAAAAACGAAAGGCGGGAAAAAUAAACUUAUGAAUAUACAAAACAAUACGCAAAACUGAUCUGAAUACACAAAUUUGACAAAUGUACAAAGAAAAACACGAAUACGAAACCAAACAAACCAUAAAGUAAACAAACCAUAUCAUUUAAUUACUUAGAAUUGUCCAAAUAUACUAUUAAUAUAACAAAAAGUAUAUAUCUUUAGAGUAAAAACGUAUUUUACCACAGCUAAUGCUGAAAUGCAAAAUUCACUAAUUCAUACUUCGUGGCAAACUUGAAAUUGCGCUUUAAUAUAGUACGCGGACAUGACGAGAAAACCGCUGCAAAACUGCCAUUUAAACUGAUGGCAAUUUCCAGUUCUUCCUCGCUCAAGCAGCCCGCCAUCUUGAAACACGAAAAUGUAAUGAAAACGCUUUCGAACAACGUGGCGGGUCCGCGCAUCACACAUGUUUCAAAGCUUUCACUGGCGUUUCACCGCCCAUUCUUAUAGACGCCCUGAUGCAAUGAUGAAUAGAACAUCGCACCACUCACCAAGCCAUACAUCUACCAAGAAACGUUAACGUAUAACGUUACAAUGAUCACAACGAACAUAAAACUAGGGGUGCACCAGAUUUCAAAUCCGGCCGGAAUUCCGGCCGGAUUUAACGAAUUUUCCGGCAUCCAGCUUCCGGCCGGAUUUGGAGAAAAUCCGGCCGGAUUUAAAUUUCUGUUUUCACCUUAAAAAAAUCACCAAGAAUGGGAUAAACCAUCAAUUUGGCAGCUUUAAAGUUAAAAAAAAAACACUUAUAUUAUUAUAAAAUAUUAAGUUAUUAACAAAAAGAUGUUUAAAAAAAGGUUGAAACACAAUCAAAAAUCUAAACUGACACUAACUAAAAAUAGUAAAAAACAUAAACCGUCAUUUUGAAUACUGAUUUAUCCCCAAUUGUCCCCAUUACCGGUUUAUCUCAAAUCCGGCCGGAAUUUUUGUCCAAAUCCGGUAAAUCCGGUUCCGGCCGGAUUUGAAAAUUGCAAAUCCGGUGCACCCCUACAUAAAACACUAAAUGUGAAUCAGCUGUGAAUAUUGUUCUCAUGCAGGACACAUUUUAUAAGACACAAUUUGUGAAUGUCACAGUCAUUGCGACACCUGCAUUCUUCUAGUAAGAAUUUGUUUUUUUCCCUAUUCAAGAUCCGUUUUUACAUGAAAAUACAUUCGUUUGUCAGAGAAGUUGCCCCACGUGUUAUAGCUGCAGAUAAGCACAACAAAGGUACGUUCAUCUUCCGUUGCAUGAACCUGAGUGGCAUGGGGAACUCAUGACGGGCAGGGAUGGCUCCUGUUGGCGAAGGGGAAGAGGGGCAGCCGCAGUGAGGGGUGCUAUUUUCAUAUUGGGGAAGUAGUUGUAAUAGUUUGAGAUAUUCAUCAUAUACGCAUAUAUCGUAAAAUAACCAACCCUCUGAGACCUUUGUCAAGUGGGUUGUAAAACCUGUCAAUGCUCAGAGUGGUCAAACAUUAAACUGAGACACAAUGAGAGACGCAACAGCAAGAGUUGUUAUUCCAUGUUUAGGUGUUGAUAAAAAGAACAGUGAUGAUGAAAAAACAGAUGAUGAAGGAUAUGACGAUGAUUCAAUCUCAAAUAACAACAACAUUCCUGGAUUUAGUCAGUUUCUCUACUUUCUUUUUGCUCCAACUCUUGUCUACAGAGAUUCAUAUCCACAGUAAGUACAGCGCAUUGAUCUAUCAAUGGUACAGCGUUUAGUCAAUCCACAGUAAGUACAGCGCAUUGAUAUAUCAAUGGUACAGCGUUUUGUCAAUCUAUAUUUCGUUGGCAGAAAACCUAGAAUACCGUUGUCGGGAAUGACGUUAGAGGUUGAAGUUUUAGUUUUCUUCAAAAAAUCACAUUAAGACAAGGUAGGUGAGUUGUGAUUUACACAAUACAAUUCGAGUUGUAAGCAGGUUGCAUGUGACAGUUUUAGGCAAAGAUUGUGUAGUGUAAAUCGGCCUUUAUAAAUCGCAAAAUCACUCACAAAAACUACCCCCAAAUGACAGGUUGUCGCAUAAUCACUAACUUAUAAACAUGACUGUAUAGAAAUCAACUUCAUUAAAUUAGUAUAACCACAAUUCUCAACACUAUAAUUCCAUGUCCAACUCUUGUCUAUAUACAGAGAGAGCCAUAUCCGCAAUAAGUAGCAUGUAUAUCGUCAAUCAUUAUUUCCACAGUUAUUAACAUUUCAUUCGCUCGAUAUCUGAUUAGUGCAUGGAUCAAGUCCAAAAAGUACCAAAGUAAAAAAAAACCCAGUUCGAACGAUCUGUGCCAGCGUAGGUAGAACUAGCCUGCGGGCAGCCCCAUACCACGUAAUGGUAUGGGGCUGCCCGCAGGCUAAGGUAGAACCGAUAACACCAGAAAAUUGAGAUGGAUUCAACUCACUGAAAAAUACAAGUGAAACGUUUGACUGAAAAAUUUGAGUAAACGGUCCCACAGUGACUCAAAUAUUGAGUAAAAUUUAUGAGCAAAUAUACUCAUUUUUUUAGUAAUGUAAAUUUGAAACUUUAGUCAAAGUAUUUAAUAAAUUUGAUCAUAAUGUUAGUAAUUUCGCUCAAAAUUUUGAGUCACCGUGAGUGCAUUAAGCCUGGUUUCCAUAUGGCCGUAAAGGUCGUGAAAAUAGUGUCACGAUGUACGGACGUGUUGCGUGUACGGACGUGCAUGUACGGACGUGUGCUUUUUCGCUCCAAUAAUGACAUCUGUUAAGAAUAUUUUGUACCGUAACUUUUGCUUAGCGAAGACAAACUGAAAUGGUUAGGAGCGCUAGAAGACUUGAAAGCAUUUGUGUUAACGGAGAUUGACGAAGAUACAGCAGAAAACACAAACUGGCGAUCUCCUAGCGGCGGAACUUGGAAAUUUGAAAGUGAGUUACUGGCUGUUACAUGGCAAACCAAAAGUAUGAAUAUAUCCUUUGAAGGAGAAAAGGGCAAAGACCUGACUGAACGAGUAAUUUCAAAUCUGAAGGAAGAAGGUGUGAAAGAACACAACAGCAUCGCCUUAGCUCAAAAUGACACGGAGGACGACGGUGGCGAUAUAACAACUGUCGAAUGUGAAACAACCGCUCAGGUAGUCUGUAACGAACUCCCUACUGAGGUAAGCGAGAUUAAAUUAAAACUAAACCAACAUAUUGUCGAAACGAAAGCAGAGCUUCAACAAAUAAAGGAGAACCUUGCCGAACAGCUUGAUCAGCUAAAAGAACUGAGUUUGAAUGGUGGCACUAAAGUAACUGAAUAUUGUCUAACAAGCCUAGAACAUGAAAACGCUACCCUUAGACAUGAAAACACGCAACUCAGGCGCGAAAACGACUCCUUGAAAGAAAGGUUUAACAAUCGUUCUUAUAUGGUAUCGGAUCUAAAUACGAAAAUCAAAAACAUUGAAGAUGAGAAAUUGAGUCUAGUCACUGCCCUUAAGCUGCUGCAAGAAGACAGCAAGUCUAUAUCAUUAAAUAACAGAGAUGCAACACACAAUACAUGGCAUACCCCAGGGCACAGAGCGAGAACUAAUGUACAUAAUAUUUCUGCUAAUUAUGCAUGCCAAAAUAAAACUGCUCGAUCUGCAGCUGAUAUGAAUGCUCAAGAACCGGACAUAAUAAGUAUAGGUUAUUUUGAGGCAACGAGGGGAUAUGUGAUUUAUUCACCGAGGCGCGCAGCGCCGAGGUGAAUAAAUCACAUAUCCCCGAGGUGCCUCAAAAUUACGUACUUAUUUUUCACAUUGCGAGGUCACGUUACAGAGUCAGAAUAGAAACAAUUCUUAAUGCCAUAUUGCCUUCGUUAUGUUGUUUUUUUCUCAUUUCUUGUGCUGCAAAGACAUUGCAGGUGAAAUUAGAGGGGAUUAUUAAUUGCAGGUGAAUAUUAGAAAAUUGAUUAGAACGGAAAUUGAUUAGAGGUGAAUAUUGAAUAUAUUCCCCGAUAAGAACAAAGGAAACCGAGCAGGGUGAAAAAUAACACCAAAUAGAUUCGGUCUCCUGUCCACAGAACAUGACUCAGAUAAAGAAUCAGAAUCUAAUGACGAAAUUGACCCGAGUGAGUCUAGCACUUCGACUAUUAGACAAAGUAGGUCAAGUUUUUUUAACAUGGAUUCGAACAAACACGAUAGAAAACAAAGGAGAAAAGAAAGUCAAUCAACCCAAACUUCUAUUGCAUUUUCCAAGGGCAAGGCCAAAAUCAACAAUAGAAAGCAUACAACAAAUGCAAAUUCAAACGAUUCAUUUCAAACAGGCUCAAAGAAUAAUAAGUCUGGCAAACUUGUUUUCAUCGCCGGGGACUCAAUUCUACAACAUAUUCACGGCUGGGACUUGUCUAACGAUAAACAACGUGUAUCUGCAUGUAAAGUCCUUUUCAGGGAGUAAAGCUGAAGAUAUGCAAGAUUACAUAAAACCAUUACUACGCAAAAAGCCCGACGAGAUAAUAUUGCAUGUAGGCACUAACAAUAUUAAAGAUAACUCCAAGACGGCAGAAGUGGUUGCUGCGGGUAUCUUAAACCUCGGAACCCAAAUAAAGGAUAGUCUACCAUGCACUAACGUAUGUAUAUCGGGCAUUAUUACCAGGAAAGAUAAACCUAAUAUCCAGAACAAAAUUAAAACUGUAAAUGACAUUCUUAAACGGGUCUCUGACCAAAACAAAUGGACCUAUAUAGACAACACUAAUUUAGAUUAUACUUGCCUAAAUAGAGGUGGCCUACAUUUAAAUAGAAAGGGUAGUAGCACUCUUACUAGAAAUUAUAGUAAUCACUUUAGUCGUAAUUGAAAUAAGGCAUGGCCAGGUGCUGUAAGAUAUGCUCAAUUUAACCCAUAUUUCCCUGAUUUCAAGGGUUUCAAAAUGGGUAUGCUUAACAUAACCAGUUUACCUAAGCAUAUUGACGAAAUUAGGAUCAUAUUAGCCGAUGAAUGUCUCGAUAUUCUUGCACUAAAUGAGACAAGAUUGGAUGAUACUAUUAAUAACCAGGAUAUGUACAUAAGUAAUUAUGAUCUUAUUAGGGUCGAUCGUUCUAGAACAGGGGGAGGCGUCUGUUUAUAUGUAAAAACUUCCCUUAACUAUUUAGAACGAAAAGAUCUGACUAGAGAUAAUCUCGAAGCUAUAUAUGUUGAGAUUCGCAAACCUUCCACUACACCAUUUAUUGUCGGUACUAUUUACAGACCUCCAAGUGCUUCUGUUGACACUUUUGCCACAAUUGAGCAAUUAGUAAAAACAAUAGAUGAUGAAAAUAAGGAAUUUUACAUACUUGGUGACUUAAAUGCUAACAUGCUUGACACCUCAAACAAUGCCACAAAGAAUUUAAAUUCAAUCAUGGAAUUAUAUCAAUUAUCGCAAACGAUAAACACACCCACCCGUGUGACCAUGACCUCAUCCUCCCUAAUAGACGUUUGUCUUACUCCCACUCCAACUAAGUUAAUAACAUCACAAGUAAUACCGAUUGCCAUUAGUGAUCAUUACAUGAUCUUCGUUGUUCGUAAAAUAAAUAUCCAGCGCAAACAAAACAGUCACAAGAAAGUUGAAAUUCGUAAUUUAAAAUAUUUUAAUGCUGAGAGUUUUCAAGCUGACCUGCGUGGUCAGGAAUGGGAAUUAUUAGAUAACAAACUCUGCGUUGAUAAGAUGUGGGACACAUGGAAAACACUUUUCGUAAAAGUUCUUGAUAGGCAUGCCCCAAUCAGGGAAAAGAGAGUUAAAAGUAAACCAAAUGUUCCUUGGCUGACUAGUACCAUUAAAAAACAAAUCCGCGAACGCGAUCGCCUUAAAUCUCUUGCUAUUAGACAUAAAUCCGAAAAUUACUGGAACGCAUACAAAACCUCUAGAAAUCGCGUAACUGAUGCAUUGCGAGAAACAAAAGCAGCAUAUUAUUAUAAAGGAGAAUUUAAGAAAGUCAAACAUGAUCCCAAACAAGCAUGGAAAACUGUGAAUAAAAUCCUAAACCGUAAACAAGAAAGUAGAGAAACAAAUUGUCUUGAAACACAGAGAGGACAAAUUUCACAUCCAACGGAGUUAGCGGAGUGUUUCAAUAAUUAUUUCACCAAUAUUGGUCCAGAUAUUGCCAAAAAUAUCGACAAUGGUGACAGAAAUUUCAAGGAUUACAUCACGACAACAACUAGUAGCUUUAAUUUUCAAACAGUGUCUGAGUCGAACGUAUACAGACUUCUGUUAUCUCUAAAUCCUCGUAAAUCUACUGGAAUUGACAAAAUUCCUGCUAAAAUUAUUCGCGUUGCUGCUCCUGUAAUUACAAACUCAUUGACAAAAAUUUUCAAUAUGGCCAUUAUAAGUGCAACUGUUCCUUUUGAGUGGAAAAUAGCAAGAGUCACUCCCAUAUUUAAAAACGGCCCACGAAACUUAUUAAACAACUAUCGCCCCAUUUCUAUCCUCCCUGUAGUAAGUAAACUUUUUGAAAAAGUAUUAUACGAACAACUCCAUGAGUAUCUUGUUACACAGGAGUUGUUGUCCCCUCGUCAAUUUGGUUUCAGGAAGUUUCAUUCUACAGCCUCUGCUCUUUUAGACAGUACAAAUGAAUGGUUUAUUAAUAUGGACCGUGGUUUGUUUAAUAUAGCUGUUUUUCUGGACUUACAAAAGGCGUUCGACACCAUAAAUCAUGACAUCCUCUUAACGAAACUUGAUCUUUAUGGCCUACAGAAGCCAUCAUUAAACCUUUUAGGAUCCUAUUUAACGAAUAGAACCCAAAUGUGCUCCGUUAAUGGCGCUCUGUCGGGCACGAAGUUGGAAAGAAACGAAAGCGCUUGGAGUUCAUAUUGA